AUGCGGCUUCGAGAGCUACCUAGGCAACUGUCGGCUGUCAUCGUGGUUCUUUCAUACUUGUAUGGUAAAUCGUCAAGUCAGCCGACGAUCACCUCCAACCCGCAUCUUACAAGUCCCCAGACAGCAGUCUGCGACUUCAAAACGAUCAACUACAUCACCCAUACGCUGCCACAGCAGUGCCUCAGAACGAGCUGGCCCGGAGAUCAAGGGGCAAACAACGGUACUAGCUACGAUGCGGCGAAUUUACAGGAGAACUGGACGACCGACUCCGGCGUUUCUGGGCAAGCGACGCUCACAUCUGAUGCCUCGGCCGAAUCCAUGAGAAGCGACCUUCCCACGCCCACGCCCUAUGACACUCCAAGCAAAGAGGAACCGAGUCCCCGGCCAUUCAUGUCCUUUGAGGACUGGAAGGAGAUGAUGCUUCGCAAGGCUGGGCAGGACCCAACAGAGCUGAAGACACGCAACACACACGAUCGAGCCGCGGAGCACGAAAGAGUCACAAAGAAUUCCGGGCUUGACAGUCUAGGCGACGACGGCGAAAUCGAUCUCAACUUCGACGUUGUUUCAGAGAAAAUCAGUAACAUCGCCUCGGCGCCCCAAGCUUCCCCGACCGAAACAACCGCGUCAGAACAUCAAGAGCCGGUGCUCUAUGAUGAUGGCAGGACGCAAUACUACCGCAGCAAGGACGCUGGAAAGACCUGCAAGGAACGAUUCUCAUAUUCGUCAUUCGACGCGGGCGCAACAGUGCUCAAGACGAACAGGGGAGCCAAAAAUUCGAAGGCCAUUUUGCUCGAGAACAAAGAUUCUUACAUGCUCCUGGAGUGUGCGGCAGAAAACAAAUUCGUCAUUGUCGAGCUGAGCGAUGACAUUCUUGUUGAUACCAUUGUGCUUGCCAAUUUCGAAUUCUUCUCGAGCAUGAUACGCCAAUUCCGCGUGAGUGUUAGCGACAGAUACCCCGUCAAGGUCGACAAGUGGAAGGACUUGGGCACGUUUGAGGCAAAGAAUUCUCGAGAUAUCCAGCCUUUCCUUGUACCAAAUCCUCUGAUCUGGGCGAAGUAUGUCCGAAUCGAGUUUCUGAGCCACUACGGCAACGAAUAUUACUGCCCCGUGUCCUUACUACGAGUCCAUGGCACCCGCAUGCUAGAAUCUUGGAAGGACACCGAAGCACCCGUUGACGACGAGGACGCCGCCGACGAGCCCUUUGGAGAGCUUCCGGGUCCGGCAAGCGAGAUUAAAACCGUCAAUAGCUCUAACAAGCAGGCGAGCACAUCAUUCGAACCAGCGGAAGACUUUUCACAUGACGUGAGCCUCGACAUCUCGAUAGAUCCAUCACGGCCGUACAACUUGUUCUUGCCUGUCGGCUCGAACCACUCCACCUGCUCAAAGUUCACUAUACUUGUCGCUGUCGAUACCCCGGAAGCGUCGACUCCCACGGAGGCAUACGAGGCAGCAUACGCAGAGUCAGUCCGCGGCUCUGUUCAAGGUAGCACUGGCAGUGGUAGCCCGAAUGCGAAGUUCGCAGAGAGCAGCACAUCCUCGGCAGCAUCGGCACUCCCAAGCCAGUUAGAAGCCAGUGCCGUCCCAACAGCGGCUUUCUCGGCCUCUAUGGCCGCGCACCAAAGUAACGUUCAUGUUGAUCCACGCUCCUCAGCAGGCGAGGAUACGAGUGCUGGCUCCUCUUCCACCAAGGCAAGUCCGCAAGGCAGCGCUCAGCCUCGUGCCAAGGGCAACUCGACUACAGCGCCUACGUCUCCCACCGUCCAGGAGAGCUUUUUCAAGGCGGUCAGCAAGCGUCUGCAAUACCUCGAGUCUAACGUGACCCUCUCGCUCAAGUAUAUCGAAGACCAAUCACGUUCCCUUCAGGAGACCCAACACUUAGCGGAACGGAAACAGCUGUUGAGGAUUGAUGUUUUCCUGGACAGCCUCAAUGACACCGUUUUGUCCGAGCUACGAACCGUCCGGCAGCAGUACGAACAAAUUUGGCAGUCAACCGUCAUUGCAUUGGAAAGCCAGAGGGAGCAGUCACAGAGAGAAACAGUGGCACUCAGCUCCAGACUUAACAUUCUCGCAGAAGAGGUGGUAUUUCAGAAACGAAUGGCUAUAGUGCAGGCUAUCCUCCUGCUGUCAUGCCUCGUGCUCGUCAUUUUCUCCAGGGCCAUUGCACAGCCCAUUUUAACGAGUUCCUUCGACCUUGGCCGAUCGUCGAGUCUCAAUCAUCCCUUACCCGGGCCACCUACCGAUCGCGAACCAGACAGUACCUUCAUUCCCCGAUACGACAAGCUCGGGCCUCCAUUCGACAAUGCCGACUGCGGGGACGGCGAUCGAUCAGACACAAGUCAGGGUUCAGGACCUACUUCCGCUGCGCUAGGCCGUAUGGUCACACCAAGCCCGAAUAUCGCGAGGUGCGGCACAGAAGGAGCCGCGACGUCCGGGUUUCUUGCAGAUGACCACUAUGUCAAGACCGAGACCAGCACCAGCUAUCGCAGCUCAUCCCCGGGUCCCGCCACCCCGUCCCUGGAUGGGGACGCAUUCAUAGCAGACCAGGCUAGCUCGGUGAAUCGCGGCUAUCCUGUUGAUGAUGUGGAUCAGUCGGAAGGAGUGACAUCAGAAGUGGGGUUCAACUCACGAUUUCCGCCUACGCGCGGAAUCACCACAUCCUCUAUUCGGAAACCUCUGCCUGCUCUGCCAGAAUGA